AUGAUUAGAUUAUCACAACAUCUAUUAAACACCGGAAAAAGGGGAUUCGUAUAUUCCGUUGGUAGAAGCUCCUUCCGUUCGUUCGGAUCUUUUAAUAAACCACGGGUUGCAGUUUCGACUAUAGCGAAGAAACACAAGAAACCUAAUGGCUUUCCUGGUCUUCUAGCUUUAUUCUUCGGUAUUGGUACUAUUGCGGUGAGUGGUAUUUCUUCGAACCUGCAUAAUGACCAGAAUGUGAAGGAAAACCCCUGGAAAAGUGUUACAGUGGAUAAAGGGUUGGAUCCUUUUCCAACUGAGUUAAAAGCCCCAGAUUACCCAUUAUCUACAGAAUAUAUUAUGUUAGGAUAUGGGACAAGAGCCGUCACUUUUCUAUCUUUCAAGGUAUAUGGUUUAGGUAUAUAUGCUGCUGUAAAAGAUUUAGAUCUAAUUCCAAAGGUUUUAGAUUCCAAAUUCCUGUCUACUGCUUUUAUCGACUUUGAUCCGAGCAAGAGCCACAAGGAAAAUUUGAAGGUAGCAUUGGAAGAUCCAAAAACAUCAAGGAUUCUAAUUAAUAAUCUAUUAGACAGUGGUAUCAGAUUGGUAGCCAAGAUCACUCCGAUCCGGAAUACUGACUUUAAUCAUCUAAAGGACGGAUUAGUCAAGUCCAUUUUGGGUCAUCCAGAUAGUAGGAAGGAUGAGGAGACUCUAAAUAUUGGUCUACAACAGCUACGUGAAGCUUUUGUAAGAAAGGGGUCUGUUCCAAAAAAUAGUGAUCUACUUAUUGAACUCCAAGGAAACGGAGAUUUGCAGCUUUAUUACUUCAAUAAAAAGACAAAUGGAUCAGAAGUAUUAGGAAAGGUCAGUGAACCGUUGAUUGGAAAGCUACUAUUUAGCCAGUACUUAAGCGGACCAAAACCUUUAAGCCCAAAUACUAGAGACUCUGUGGUGUCAAAAUUGGUAACCAUGGCUUAA